GAUAGGCAUUAAGUAGUCAAUCAAUUGCUCUUAUGAUGGCUUGGGUCGUCUACCUCUCCCAUUUUCAAUAAACCCCCUCUCCAUAUUACUUCUCUUGGGUUCAUUCACUGGCUCAGGACCCGUCAAAUCUCACUAUCUACUCCGUUCUGGCCCGCCCGCAGCGGGUUUCCACUUGUUCCCUUGUUUCUAGCCGCUGCUGUUCUUGCGUUGCUUGCAGACCGACCCAACAUCCACUCCUCUCACUCUCCCUCCGCCAUUGUCUCUUGUUUCCGUCAUUGCCUUGCUUCCUUUUUCUUUUCUACUUCCUUCCCACCCCUUUCUUAAUAAUCUAAUUGAGAUUUGACACACCAGCAUCAUGUCUGGUCGUUUCGUGCGCUCGUCCAAGUACCGACACGUCUUCGGACGGCCGACGAGAAAGGAGCAAUGCUAUGAUAAUCUCCGUGUUUCCAGAAAUGCCUGGGAUACCAACCUCGUCAAGGUUAACCCCAAGUACCUCUCCGUGAACUGGGAGGCCGGUGGCGGUGGUGCUUUUGCUGUCAUUCCAUUGGAGGAGCGGGGCAAGCUGCCGGAGCGCAUGCCCCUGUUCCGUGGGCACACUGCUGUUGUUUUGGAUACCGACUGGAACCCCUUCAACGAUGAUCUCAUUGCGUCCGGUUCCGACGACGGAAGGGUUCUGCUCUGGCGUGUACCAGAAGGCUUCACCCUCUCCCCGGAUGUUGACCCCGAUGAGAUCCAAGAUGUAGCUCCUGUUGGGAAGCUUUCCGGCCACCCCAAGAAGGUCGGACACGUUCUGUUCAACCCGGCGGCCGAGAACAUCCUGGCUACGGCUUCAGGCGAUUACACUGUGAAGAUCUGGGAUAUCGAGGCUGGUGCGCCUAAGUUGACCCUGAACCUGGGCGAUAUUGUGCAAUCGCAGUCCUGGAGCGCGAAUGGUUCUCUCCUGGUUACGACUUCCCGAGACAAGAAGCUGCGCAUCUGGGAUGUACGUCAGGAGCGUCCUGCGCACGAGACGCAAGGACACUCGGGAGCCAAGAACAGUCGCUCUGUCUGGCUGGGUGAGCGCGACCGGAUCGCGACCACCGGUUUCUCAAAGAUGAGUGACCGCCAGCUGGCGCUGUGGGAUAUUCGCGCUCCUCGCGAGCCUAUCAACGGGUUCAAGACUCUUGAUUCCAUUUCCGGUGUCUGCAUGCCCUUCUGGGAUGAGGGCACUCAGUGUCUGUACCUGGCUGGUAGAGGUGAUGGUAACAUCCGUUACUUCGAGCUGGAGAACGACAAGUUCGAAUACCUUGCUGAGUACAAGUCUGCCGAUCCCCAGCGCGGCAUUGCUUUCAUGCCCAAGCGCGGUGUGAACACCCACGAGAAUGAAGUCACCCGUGCCUUCAAGACUGUCAACGACACCUACAUCGAGCCUGUCUCUUUCAUCGUCCCCCGCCGUGCCGAAACUUUCCAGGACGACAUCUAUCCCCCCACCAUUGGGGUGAAGCCUGCCAUGGGCCCCGACGAGUGGUUUGGCGGCAAGGAGGCCAUUCCGCCCAAGAUUUCCAUGGCCAACCUCUACGAGGGCGAGGGACUGAAAGAAGUGACUGGCGUGCAAGACAAGCCCACCUCAUCUCUGGACAGUCCGACUCCCGCUGCUCCCAAGGCUGAAGAGCCCGCCCCUGUAAAGAAGGCGGCGGAACCUGCCCCGGAGCCCACCCCUGUAGCCAGACCCAAUGCCUCGAUGAAGGACCAGGGUGCUUCCAUGGCUGCCAUGGUCAACAAGUUCGCCGACGAGGAGGAGGAAGAGGCCGAGCCCGAGGAGCCGUCCGCGUUCGACGAGGCCCCCAAAUCCGUCGAGCGUGCCGCGCGCACCCCCGAAGCUGCCUCUCCCACAAUCAAGGCCAGUCCAUGGCACCAGAAGGAAGAGGAGGCUAAGACGCAACCCACUUCCUCCAAGGCCUCCCCUGCCCCCGAAAACCCCCGCACUGCCACCCCUCCCGUCGCAGCAGCAGCGACCGCCUCUCCCACGCCCAACAUCUCCACUAGCGCCGCCAACGCCGCCGAUGCCGUGCAGCGCGAAAUCGGCGCCAUCAAGGAACUCAUCGCCGAGCAAACUAAGACCAUCGCCUCCCAGGCUCAACAGAUGCAGAGCCUGACCGCGGAGAUCGAGUCUCUCAAGGCUAAGCUGGGCUAAGCCUUAUCCUUCCUCCUCCAGCGCCCCUUUUACCUCUACCUCUUCAUAAUCCAUCCGCCCGCCUACAGACUCUGAUAGUAACCCUCUCAGUAUGAUGACUUUCUUUUUACUUCCUCAAACAAACCUCGUUCCUGGCCGCCCUGGCCAACCGGACUCUGAUGUACUGUAUCGUGUCUCCUGCAAUGUAACUACUCCUUUUUUGGUGUGUGUGUGUGUGUUCCUUGGGUUUCGACUCAAUUCCGAUAUAAAGACAUUCAUGACUGAACAGACUCAUCUCCCCCUACUUGAAUAGAAUAGUGCAUUGUUGUUGUCAACCGAUAAAUUAGCGAGAGCACGGUCCGUUGAUCGUCUGGGUGCAUGUUCGUCUGCAUGGUUCCUAUGGAACUUACUACCCAUGUGAAAUG